GUGCCCCGCGGCGCGGCUCUCUCCGCUGUCCCCGCUGCCGUCGCCAUGCACGGCCGUUUGAAGGUCCGCCCUCCGGACGCGGCACGCCGCCGACAACGGGAGGAGAAACUCCGCCUCUUUCGGGCCAACAUGGCCGCCCUGCUGGAGAAGGCGGGACGUUGCCAUGACGACGCGGAGCUGCUGACGCUGUCGGCGGCGGUGCUGGAGGCGAACCCGGAUGUGGGAACGGCCUGGAACGUCCGCAGGGCGGCGCUGCUGAGCAAGGGCGGGGAUUG